AUGCUUUCCAGGGCGGCGAACGUGCCGCGUGUCUGUUUUGCUAACCGCCUCUCCUCGUCGAUUCUAUCCGCUCCAACUGCGCUAAGCAUCCGCAGCUUACACAGCCGUCAAGAAUGGAUCCAGCGACGAUGCUACAGCUCCGACCCCGUGAUUCAUAGCAAAGAGAAGAUAGAGGCGCUGAUAUCGGGGCGAAUCAGCCAGCGCGAGUUUAACAGAUCGACCAAGAAGACAUCAAAGAGGCCGCCCAAGAGGUCGUCCAGCCGCAAACCAUCCCGUCAUCGAAGGGAGGAGGAGAUACCUGAUUGGGGGCUGGCAGCCCUUGAAACCGAGACGAGCUCUGCGACACAAGUGGGAGCUGCGCCACAGUUGGAAGAAGAAAUUGUAGAUGAAUAUCCCGAAGAGCUUGCGGAAGAGCUUGCCACAGAACAGCCUGUCGCAGAGCAUAUUGGCGCAAAGGAGCUUGCUACAGAAGAAUCGGCUGCAGACGGACUCGACGCAGACGAAUCGAAUCAACUAGAGCAAGGGAUUCCACAAGAUGGAGCCGCCACGGCGGAAACCGAUACCGCAGAGCCCGGCCAGACCAAACCUAAACGUGGGUUUCUGCCCAGGAAGGAUUUCCAUGAUGAACUCGUGCAAUCCAGGAGCGUCUCUGUUGCAGCUCUUGGGGAGCACAUCGACGCCAUCAUGCUGAAGAAUCCCAACGAAAUGAAAAGACCCAGGAGGGCCGUACGAAGAAUUCAAGAAGAUGCACCAAAAUCCACGGUCGAGCUUGAUACUGAAAGGGAUAACAUGGUGGACGAGAAAGAAGAGAGUGAUGAAGAGGCAAUGGUAGCAGCGAUGAAGAACAUCGAUGACCUACGGCCCGCCGACAAGACGAUUCUGCGAAUCAGGGAUUUCGAUUCUCUGGCGAAUACCCUGCUAGACGGCUUCACUUUCAACCAACUUGCCAAAUACUUUAACCAAAAGCGCCUGAUAAUGUCCAAUCGAGACCAAGGAAAGCCGUUUCCUUACCCCUGGAUCGCCAAACAGGACCCAUGGGUGGCUGCAAAGCCUGACCACUGGGGGCCGCUUAGGCCAAAGCAACGACAGGUGAUUAUGAUUAUGCAAAUCAUAUGGAACCUAGAGGUUCAAGAGCAGGUUGAGGGCCUGGGCAGAACUCUUGUCUGGCUACAACCUCGCAUCUUUGAGCUGAUUGCCCAUCCCAAUAGCGCUGUACUGGAGCAGCUCUCCAGAGACUUUUUAUAUCAGUCCAACAAGGAGAAAAUCACCACAAGCUUUGAUGACUACCGGAUCAACAUUUAUGCCCAAAAGUCCACCAUUCCCGUCAUCCUCUCCCACCUUGACGAAACUGUCAAGUCAAUUCGAUGUCAGAAAAUCUCUUCGGACUACAUUCAAGAACACGACCUAGACGAGAAACUGCUCCAAGAGCUGGAGCGAAUUACCAAGACGCAUAUUGCAUACAAUAAGGACAAAAAGGAACUCGAAAUUUCUUGGCUGCAGAAGCAGGAUCUUGCUUCCUCGGGUACAGUCAAGAACACGGAAACCCCUGCUGAUAUCGCUUUGCGACUUUUAUUGGAGCAGACACCCAAGGAUUAUCAAAGCAGUGUCCAUAUUGCAUCACCAUCAGACAUUAGCAACAUCAAAGAUGGGGCCUUUGUCAGCCAUCAAAGAGAAAUUAGGAGCAUGUCUUGGAAGGACAGGCUCAGGCAGUGGUCCAGGUUCGUCGCACCAGUCGGCCAAGCUGCAGCAACACGAGACGAUAUUUCAGCCCAAUUCUCCGAAAUGGUUUCCGAUCUCAAGUCAGACAGAGGAGUCGAACCAGUCCACCAAGUCACAGCGUCGUUCGGACAUGUGCUUCACGGGAAGAAUUCCCGGACAGCCGCUGCAAUGGCAAAGCACCGUCGAUUGCUUUCACCUGUCCUUCCCCACCCCGCAUCGUUUACAUCCAUCAUGGAUGAAAACAAGCCCGUGACACAACGCGUGACGAUUGUUCUCAACUUUUCUCCAGAUCCGAAUCAUUCCUCCACAAAAUAUGAUUCCGCACCCCCCACAAUACAACUCCGGCUGCCGGUGAAUCCUGAAACCGACCUUGCUAACUUCUCUCUACCCCCCGAUUCGGCCCUCUUUGGUGUUGCAGCGCAGCAUAUCAACGACGUCUUAUUACCUGGCGAAAGUGUAGAUGUUCGUCUGACGCAGAAUGAUCUACUAUCGCUUGACACAAGCCAAGAGUCCGUCAAUGAAUUCUUAUCUCAAAGCGAGCUCAAUCUCCCCCAGGGUGUUCUGAAGACACCCAGCAAAGCCACGUUUUCAAUCCCCAAAGCAUGGGUAACCAAGGCAAAAACAGCACGCAAACCUUCCACAGCCACUAUCAAUGUGCCAUACAUAUUCAUGGGACUGGAGAUUCAUCAAACCGUCGAACUCGAGUUCCACGGCCACACUCUGUGCUACAGCAGCAUUGACGCAGGCCGACACGGAGGCCACAGGCAAGAGCUCUGCCUCCAAGCCGGUCCUCCGCAAAGCACGGAUCCAACACCAUUUACCCUCGAUGAAACCGAGGCAUCACGUUUCUUGUCUCUGGUCGAGGGGAUCGCUACCGGCAAAUACUUUUCUUGGCACAACGGGUCUCAACUUAUGCGAGAAACACCAGACGUCAGCAUACUCGAGGAUGAAGCCGCAGAAGAUGACCUGCCACUGGAAGAAGCUCAAGAUUACGAGUCUGUUGAGAGUGCUGAAUCUGACCUUUUGCAAAAUACUGAGCAGGACGACGACGGCCAUUCAUCGACGGAGACUGCCUCGGACAUCCCUACAGAUGAAACAUCCGAGGACUCGCAAUCUCCUAGCCCUGACGAGACGAAAGAGUCGAAGCUCGAGUAA